AUGUGGAGCUUGCAAGCAGCUGUGAUUUUAACAUGUGUUGCAUUUUGUGUUGCACUAACACCAGUAUAUGUAAACACAGCGGUUGGACAUAUCAUGGGAUUUCAAGAGCAGAUUACUCUUGACGGAGAACAGAAAUUAAUUUAUAAAUUUCUUGGUAUUCCGUUUGCCGAAUCAACAGGAGGACGAAACAGAUUUAGAAAACCGGUUCCGAAAGCUCCAUUUACAAAGACGUUUAACGCAAGUAAGGAACCAGUGGCUUGUUACCAGCAAUCAGAACAACACAAUGCUUUAUAUAGAUAUUACGGUGUCUCUGGAUUUUCCGAAGAUUGUCUAACACUAAACAUUUAUGUUCCACAUGAGCUUCGAGCCAGCGACCUACGACCAGUUAUGAUUUGGGUGAAUGGUGUUGGUUUCGUCUUAGGCGCAUCAACAGUAUACAAACCUGAAGGGUUAGCAUUAUUUGGAAAUGUAAUCAUUGUAUCUAUUAACUACCGUAUAGGUAUGCUUGGUUUCUUACGUGACCAAAACGGUGUUUUUCCUGGAAACCAAGGUCUCUGGGAUCAGCAUCUUGCUUUUAGAAAAACUGCUAGAGCAAGAGAGUUUUUCGCUUCGUUGCACAUACUAAUUGGUGCUAAUGAUAAAGAUGGUUGUGGAUAUUACUUUUUGUACCAGGACGCACUUAAUCACUCAACGCUUGAUUUCAAUAUAACUAAGGACGACUUCACAAAUACAGUAGUUCCAAUUAUCGUUGAUUCGAACCUUUUACCUGAAGACAGCAACACAAAAGAGGCAUUAGAAAAGAUUUUGUCAUUUUCAUACACCGACUGGAAUGACCCAGACAGUUACGUCAGUAUACGACAAAAUGCAAUUGAUUUACCUACUGACAUAAGUGUUUUUUCACCAGCGUCUAUAACAGUACGUGCGCAUGCCAGAUUAAAUGUCGGAAAGGCUUACUUAUACGAGUUUGCAGUGCAAACAAGGACACAUAAUCUACCCCUACCUUCGUGGAUGAAAGGAUCAAAUCAGGGCAAAACCAAUUACAGUUUGUUUUCGUUCCGUUGCGUGAGACGUGUCAUGCUUGGAAAUCCUAAUAUACCAAUGGAUAUUAAACAAUUUACGAACACUGUGUGGCCAGCAUAUGAUGUGACGUCGCAGCGUUAUUUCCGGAUAUCAGAUCAGAUGUCUCCUGCAUCAGUCGUAGAAGGAUUCUAUCCAAGGAGAAUGACCUUAUGGUCUGACGUUAUUCCAGAAAUAAGAAGACAACAUUGUCCAGACAAAAAGCAACCAGACAUUUUAGUCGGGUCGGGGGCUGCGCUCUUUGAGCGUCGCUUUGCCUUGGUGAUCUUUAUUCUCAUUCUUUUAAGGUGGAUAGAUGAAGAAGUUUAG